CUUCUCUUGUUCUGACGCGUGUUUUAUGCGACGUUUGUUUAUUGUGAGGCACUAGGAAUUUGGAAUUGGAAGCGUAAACUUGGCAGAAAAAGAAACUGAAGCAGAUAUUUUCUUCUAGAACUAGAGCGAAAAUGAGGCUAUUUGUGUGAGGCCCCUCUAAAUACUCAGAUUGCUCCAUAUUGUACAAUUAUCUUGGUGUGAUGUUUCCAGAGUGAUAACCUGUUAAUUCCAUGGCAUCUUCUGUUAAUGCCGAACAGCGACCAACGUCAUGGUUGAAUUACUUUUUCCUAUAUGAUGGUUCAAAGGUGAGGGAGGAAUCUGACCCAACUAGAGAUGGCAUUAAUUACUUCUAUCCUCAACAGACCAUCGUUGACCAGCAGGAGUUACUCUGUGGUCAGAUUGCAGGGGUUGUACGUUGCAUGACUGAGAUUGCCGGGUCUCCUUCAAACCUUAUCCGACUGCGGAAACUAAAGUUUGCCAUCAAGGUGCAAGGGGACUAUUUGUGGGCUCUUGGGUGUUCAGUGGAUGUUGCUGAUUGCAGCUGCAAGCAGAUUUUGGAGGAGCUGAUUGGACUGUUCUGUUUUUAUAAUGGAUCUAUAAGACUGUCUUACAGGGAACGUCCUCGAGCUGAGCUGGAUUGGGAAUGGGAUAUUUACAUUGAGCACAUCCAGAAAAAUACCAAAGAUCUGCACAGAAUCUUCAACUCCCUGCGCCAUCUAGACAAAACAAAGGUGGAGCCGCUCCUCCUAUUGAAGGCAGCACUCAUUCUCCAGACAUGUCAACGCUUUCCCCAUGUACUCGCUGGCUGCAUACUGUAUAAAAACAGGAUAGUAAGUACCCAGAUUCCUCCUCCACUAACAUCCAAAGUUCUAAUUCAGAGGAUAAUUCUUGAUCAAGAGCAAAAAACAGCCUACAGUCAUGAUGCCAAGCUACCUCAAGAUGUCUACAUGAUCCCCAUAUUCAUAACUGAAAAUGAGGCAACUGCACUGCGCCAGUACCCAGCCCAGUGGAUGACCAGAAUGUCUGCAUCGUCAAGGAGGGCUGGAAGCAGAUCUCACAGUGUUACUGACGAAGCUGGUAAUCACUUACUCACAUCAGAAGUGACACUUGUGAAGCAGAGGGAGAAUGAGGAAGCUCCUCAAUUGCAGAUGAAUCCAGGACAUGUUGUGGAUGAAGACAUAGAAACACCAGUCAACAGCCCUGUACCAGUUUGACAGCACUUUAGCUUCACUCAAUGGUUUGGAAGUUCAUCUGAAGGAAACUUUGUCGGUAGACAACAGUAUUGUAUCAAAGGCUACUUACCUUUUCACUCAUUAUGACU